AUGGACCAAAUUUUGUAUGGAUUGGGAUGUAUAAACUACCAAUACCUCUGUAACCCUAACCCUCGUAGCAUUGCAGCUGCCACCGCCUUCCUCCAUUCUCCAGCCGCCACCACCUCAGUCGAGGUCCCAAACCACCAGAGCCAGUCACCUCGUGCUCAUCCUCCGCCAGGAAACCAAAUGGCGUAUGUUGCUGCCGCCGCUCCUAGGCCGACCACCCUAGUUCCUUCCCGACUCGUAGUUGAUGUUCAGCUUUGGAGAUCGAAGGCGAACGACAGUGGAGGUCUCUAUGGUCGUGGGAAGGAACGGUCAAACCAGCUGUUGUUGGAUCUCAAUGUUAUCGUCACUGCCAUGCAGUGUUUCGCCGAUGACGAUGUUGUUGCCGAUCGACCGCCCUUACUACCGCCAUUUUAUGCCAUCACUGUCGUUGUACGCCACCAGGUCACCACCACCGUCGUGAGGUGGUGGCUAGCACCUCCGACCACCGUCUGCCGCAACAGGAUGACUGAUAAUCAAAGAAAUCAACUCGUCACCGCUAUGAGGUGGUGGUUGCCACCUCAUGCACCAUUCUGCCACCACCAUCGACCACUUUGGGUGCAAUUAAACACACAAUCGCGCUCAAUUUUCACCGCCGUGAAAGUAUUUGGUUGUGAUUUGAACUUGAUUAACUUCUUAAGGAAAACGGAUAUUGAUCGGUAG